UUUUGCUUAUUUGCUUAUUUGCUCUCAAAUAUUAUUCGGCAAAAUAAUACCGAAUACAGUAGUGUUGGAAUCAACUGCAUUUCAACCAGAAUUUGUUGAGGGCAUUGCAAAUGUAUCCGUGGCUGUGGGUCGUGAUGCUACAUUUACCUGUCAAGUACGCCAUUUAGGCGGCUAUAGAGUUGGCUGGCUUAAAGCGGAUACGAAAGCCAUUCAGGCAAUACAUGAGAAUGUCAUAACACACAAUCCACGUGUCGGCGUUAGUCAUUUAGACCAAAACACAUGGAAUUUGCAUAUAAAAGCAGUAACGGAGGAUGAUCGGGGUGGUUAUAUGUGUCAACUAAAUACUGAUCCAAUGAAAAGUCAGAUUGGUUUUCUGGACGUUGUAAUUCCACCUGAUUUUGUAGCGGAAGAGACAUCCUCAGACGUGGUAGUACCUGAGGGAAGCUCUGUAAAAUUGACAUGUCGUGCACGUGGUUAUCCUGAUCCAAUAGUAACAUGGCGACGUGAAGAUGGUAAUGAGAUCGUACUAAAGGAUAGUACGGGCACAAAAACCUUAGUUUCAUCGUAUCGUGGCGAAGUUUUAAAAUUAACAAAGAUAUCUCGCAAUGAAAUGGGUUCAUAUCUCUGCAUUGCAUCAAACGGUGUGCCACCAUCGGUUUCGAAAAGGAUACCCCUCUUCAUACAUUUUCAUCCAGUUAUUCAAGUACCGAAUCAAUUAGUUGGCGCACCGCUUGGCACUGAUGUUCAAAUUGAGUGUCACGUAGAAGCCUUUCCAAAAUCAAUUAACUACUGGAUAAAGGACACUGGUGAAAUAAUUGUGUCAACAACAAAAUAUCACAUCCAGGAAUCUUCGAAAUCAAUGUAUGAAACGAAAAUGACAAUGAUAGUGCGUAAAUUCCAAAAGGACGAUGUCGGUUCAUAUCGUUGCAUUGCCAAAAACUCAAUUGGUGAAGUUGAUAGCAGUAUAAGGCUUUACGAAAUCCCUGGGCCAAAUCGUAAAAAUCCUUCAAUUAAACAUGGCGUCAACGAUGCCGACGCAAAUGAUGUUUUAAAAAUGAAACAAGUCAAAGUCACAUAUCAGCCCGACGAUGAGGACCUCUAUGGUUCUGCUGAGGAUUUUGAUGACAGCGACUUACCAUUGCCACCGUUAUCAACGAAUGUAUUUUAUCCGACUGGCAAUAAGCCGCCAACACAUAAAGCAACAGCACCUGGUAUGAGUGGCAUUGGUGGUCAUGGUGUGAACACUGGUACUGGUACUGAUUUUGGCAACAACGGUGGUAUUGGUAUAUCAUCAAACAGUGGGAUCGGAGGCGGUGCAGGCGGUGGUAAUGGCAUUACACGUAAACCACCAUUUUAUAGCAAAACGGAAGUACGUGGCGCAAUGGACAAUAAUGAACUGACAGCUGCCGGAGGCCAAGUGUCGAUAUGGCGUUGUUAUAACCAUCGGCACAGUCAGUGGCAAGUUUUAAUAGUUUUGUUGGUUCCUAGUUUAAUCACUUCAUUUUGUUGGAAUUUAUUAUAAUACGCGGUUUUUUAAUUCACACAUACACAAACACACAAUGACACACAUACUGAAAGAAACAGUGACACUGAAUAGUCAGUGUGAACACCAAAAAUUACAAGCCAUCAUUGUGGAAAAAUUCUGUUUUUUCCGGACAAUGAUGAUGUGUUACGAGAAUUUUUAAGUUGAAAAUUAAAUUGUUAAUAUAUUUAUAUA